AUUGAACGAAUUCAGAACAGACAGGAGCAGCCGAGUUCUUCUGAGAGUCUUGUAGAAAGGGGAGUACUUUGAAUUAGCUGGGAAAUAUCUGUAAAGGACCCCAAUUCACCGUGUUUCAAAAUGUUUAACGUGAAGUUUGCGUUCCUCAUGCAACUUUAUUAAUGUUAUUGGAGUCUCCUCUUAACCAUAAUAAACAUUUGACGGAGUAAUUUAAGUAAAGUAAUGUAAUGUUAAAGUGGUGUUAAUAAUAUAUUCUGCGUCUCGGUGAAUUUCAUUGGGGUUGAAGUGUGUGUUGUAGUGUUUGCCAACAUUAGCCUAACUACGUAGCAAGCUAACUUAGCAAAAAUGCAAUGCGUGGAAAUGGCACCUUUUGAUAGAAACAUUACUGCAGUUAAAGGUUUUAAUAAAUGGAGGACUGCACUAACGCCGAAUGUUUCAGCAGCUCAGUUUAAAAUAUUUAUUGAUGGCAGUGGAAUUAUGGUCUGUCAGUAACGUUAUCUAACUUUCAUCCUGCCUUCGAGUAACAUGUCAUAUUAUUGAUUGUUUAAUCUUUGAAUGUAGCAUUCUUUGUCAAGUGAACGCAAGAUCUCUGUAUAAGACAUGACACCUUGUUGACAUCACCAUUUCCAUGCUUUGGGAAAGGAUCGCCCCCCUGGCCAGGCCCCCAACUGUGAACAGGCUGAGGAUGUUCAGACAAAAUACUCCCAUUAGAGGACCAAAGCGACGGGGGCAAACAAGACUUGCAACUUUCAGAGUUGGUCUCUUCCUCCAUCCUGCUAUGGAAACAUUCCACCCACAUAAAGACUGCUGUAUGGAAUGUCCAGUGCAUAGAGAGAACUUCGCAGUGGGAGAGCCAGUCAGACAGCUACCCUGUAACCACUUUCAUUCAGAAUGUAUUGUACCAUGGCUGGAAAUGCAUGUCCAGUGUGCAGGAAGAGUUUAAACGGAGAAGACGGCAGCAGCCAGACCCCAUCAGAAUAUCUGCCCUCUCCAUGGAUGCCGCAAACAGGAGAGAUUGUCCUUCUGAGACACCAGUCAUCCCUCGGUUCUCCUCGCCUACAUCAAACACGCCGAGAAGACAAAGCGCUUGUCACGUUCUCUUUGCUAUCUGUUGCAGUCAUAAUCAUCUCAGUCUGAUAUUCCUUUGUAUUUCUUUGUAUUUGUUUAAUUUAUUUAAUGCCUUUCUGCACCAUGUAAACUGUUACCAAUACAGGCUUCCUAACAGUCGGUUGAGUUCAAGCCCAUGUCUUCACCUCUCAAGCAACUCCAUCUUUCUUGACAUGCACUGCGGCAAUAUGCUAUUAUGGGGAAAUGCCAGACUUUAUAUCAUACCAUGUCCUCUUUACACAUCAGCAAAUUUGCUAAUCCUGCAACUUGAGCACUACAUUUACAUUUAUGCAUUUGGCAGACGCUUUUGUCCAAAGCGACUUAGAGUGCACUUAUUACAGGGACAAUCCCCCCCAGAGCAACCUGGAGUUAAGUGCCUUACUCAAGGACACAAUGGUGGUGACUGGGGCUCGAACCAGUGAUCUUCUGAUUACCAGUUUACCAGUUAUGUGGUGUAGACCGAACAAUAUGAACACAAUAUUGCCCUGAAAUAAAUGAUAUGUUUGUGAAGGAUAUAAUAUAUUUUUGAGAUUUUGUCAGGAAGAUCUUGAUUGAUCUCUGGUUACUUAUUCUGGUGGUGUUUUAUUGGAUUGCAUUAUAAAACCAUGGGCCAAUGACUGGGUGAUGGGCAAUCGAUGGGGUAUCUUUAAAAUGUUAUGUUUGUGAAAUAAAAAAAAAAACCUUUCUCAUGAUUGUCUAGCUCUGUGGGUGUUUUUGAUGGAGUCAGAUGCAGAUUGUAACCUUUUCUGUCUAUGAAAUGAAGUAGGCAUCUUCAGCAGUAUUCA